GAACCUCUUUGCAACUCUUCCAGUUUCAACUUCAAGAAACUUGAUAUUAAUUAAAAAUUUUAAUUACAAUUUCGCCAUUAACAAGUCGUUCCAGGAAAUUCGCAGUUUGUCGGAACAGACGUGGCGCGACUUCGUAAUUUUCAACUUUUAACAACUAAGCUUAGCAACGUUCGUAUCGUCGUAAAGUAUAAUCGUGUCUCAGAACCUAGCGAGCGGAAUUAGCGCGCGACUUCUACCGUUUACGCUACAGUGUUUCCGCCGCUGUCACUCGUUCUUUUUUCUUGAACAAAGGAUAGGCUCGCUUUCGCGGUUCAUCUCGGCGUGCACGUCAGACACGUUUCGAUGUAACCGGCUGUAUAACCGCCAUAACCGCGAUUCGUUCUUUCGCCGGUGACGGAUAAUUCCGAGGUCAGGCUGACGCGCAGCCUCGUUAGCAGUAAUGUCCUGCCUGAGCGCGCUGCACACGCAGAUAGGGACCCUGCUUUCCGUGCCCCAGGAGGUUUUGUUUCUGCGACACAGGGUUUUCCGCGAAUAUGCGAAAAUCGCGGUCGGGCCGGACUUUAUCCACACCCUGCCGUCCUUCCUAAUUCUGACAGCCGCGGUACUUGUCCUCUGGAAGAAUCCCCCGUCCUCCACGCGGCUCAUGGGCCUCGUAGGCGAGACAUUCAUUUAUAAAGGGUUUCAGGUGUCAGUCAGCUGGCUCGCGGUUAACGCGCUUCUAUGGCUAUGGCUGAUCCUCCAGAGGAUACUCUAUUGCAGCGUCUGGCAUUAUUGGAGUUACGAGUCUGAACAUCGCGAUAUUUCGUAUCCCUGGUGGCAACAAGUCUGGUCCUCGUACUAUCCUGUACCUAUACAGCCGCCGGUGAUGUCGGCCAGUUUUAUUAGUUGGAUUGUCGCGAUGUCGAUCGCGAUAAUCGCUCUGGGAUGCGCGAACUCUACAGAUCGCUUGGAAACUGUCAUUAAAGAAACCUUAUCUAAAUUUGGGAAUACGUUUGCGGUAGUCAAGUCUUGCGUGGAAUAUUCACAGGACGAAGCGGAAGAGACACUCGUAACCACUGAAGCGAACGCGGCAAUGGACGACGGCGAAAUCACCUCAGUUUGUGAACGCGGUCGCUCAGAAACGUCGAAUGACACAAACAACGCGGCACGCGGGGAUGUACAUCCGAUCUCCUACGGAACGAAUUGGAUGCCACAGCCAAAUUUCUCACCGUUCAAAGAAGCGCAUCGCAAAAUAUCAAUGAAAUCCCUUCACACAGUGACAGGCGCAAAUGACGUUCAGGAUUUUGACAAAUUAGCAAAGCAAUUGCGACACCGACGCGGCUGUCAGACCGUGAUACCGAGCAAUUCCAGCGAGCAAUCGAGCGAAUGUUGAAGGGACUUGUCAAUGUUCAUUGAACGAUCGUCAUCAAAGAGGUCUUCCGUUGAGCAAUGCUCAUGGGAAAAAGUUUUCUCGAAGGCGGCGCGUCAACUUUGCAGAUGACACGUAAUUUGCAUAAACGAUGAGACGGCGUUUAUAUAUAUACCGAUAAGAUUUUUAGUUAUCUAAUAUUUAUAUUUGACGAAAAUUUAUAAAACUUUUUACAGAAAUAUUUUAUACAUGUAAUAUGUAAAAUCCAGAUUUUAUUUUUGAGAUUGAACAAUAGUCGAACGACCAUUCAAGAAGUGCAAUAGUUACGUAAAACCAAUGUGCGUAACGUUACGUAAGAUCAUGUGC